AUGACGACAAGCACUGAGCGCGCUAGAAACACGUUUGGCACGCUCCUCCGUCUGAAGAGCGCUGGCUGCGAGGUGCCUCGAGCGGCUUCAUUGGCGGGGCCGUCUGGUGAAGUCGCUCUCCUGGAACACGAAGCUGCUGGUCGCUGUUCAGGCUCGCGCCCGCAAGCCGCCGACUGUGGCCUGAACGAGACCUGGGCGCGACUCCAAACACGUUCGCUCAUCAAGACGCAUCGCGCUCGUCGCACACCCGGAGAGGUCAUCUGCUGCGAAUUGUGGUGCCGUGAUUCGACACUCCGCCCCAAGACGGCGUGCAGUUCGCAGACGUUGAGUGGUGUUGCUGCCUGUGUUGGGGGCAUGGCCCGCUCCUGCCUGCGAAGGCACCGCCACGACUGCACCAUGCUCGGCGUAGCGUUCCUCCCCCCGCUCUCAAUUGCGCAGUUCGCUCUUCGUCUCACCGCAACACGGACAUGCGCACUGCCACACACAGACGGCCCCCAUAUCCCAUGUGGAUUGCACAUUACCAUGUGGCUGUUGUUGCGCAAACAUCACUCGCACAUCUUUGGUGAAGACUCAUCGUCGUCAACCACCCUGUUACUCGCGCCUGGCCGACAGCCCGCCUGCAGUAGUCCGCAGUCGCUUGACGCACCUCAUAUGGCCAUCCUCUUCCUGUCUGACCGGAUUUUGCGCCCUCGUCAUUGGCCAAUUCAUACACAUUUCACCAAUACCCCACUGUCCAGCGAAUUUGCGCAGCAGUUCGCGCACCCUGCCGAGCUGAACGGUAAUCGGGCGGAAUCAACGGAAGGAUGCGUGCAGUUCUUUGUGCAUGGGAAACCAGCACUGCCCGGCCCCAUCAACAUACCAUCUGCAACAUUGACAACCGAGCAGAGGCAUUCAUAG